AGGAAAGUAAAUGGUUGAAAUAAUGAAUUCAGUUUUUAAAACAAAAGAUUUAAUGCUCACACAUCAUAGAUAAAUUUCAUAACUGAAAAUGAGUGGGCCAGAUUAUAAUCAAAAGGUAGAAGACCAUCGUACUCUACUUAUUCUAGUAAAAUACAAAGGUUUGCAUAUGAGCUCUAAAAAUUUCAAUAAAGUGUAUGACAGAAUCUCACGUCUUCAAUAUGUCAAAGUACCAGAUUCACAGGCAGCAGGAGGACAAAGAGUGGUGUGGGUUCGAUAUAAAAAACACUACUCCAUGGAAAGCAACGAGUGGGGAGACUUCCAAACCCAUCGAAAAGUUUUAGGAGUGCUGUGUCUGGGUAAAUGUGGAAAUCAGUCAGAUUUGGAAGAAUUGUGUAAAUAUCACAACCUGCUGAGGGAAAAGUAUGAUAUAACAGUAUUAGAUUCCAGAUGUCUGGUGUUUGGUAUUCCAUCAGGCUCUUUGUCACCCUCCUCAAACCACAGUGCAAGCUCAGAAAAGUUUUCUCAAGAUGACCAAAGUCCUCCAACUUCUGUUCAUCUGAAACCUGAUCAAGAUGGCCAACUUUUAUCAUGCAUGGAGGAAAGCCCUGAAAAAUUGUUUGGAACAGGUUUAGAGCCAAUUCCAAAAAUUGGAGAAAAUGCAGAUGAUAAAGAUAGUGGAGUCUUUGAUCAGCCUUGUUCUCUUGCUAAUUCUGAUUCUGCUCGUAUCUCAAACAAAGAUCCUUUAAGCAUACUCUCAGAAACUCAUCAUUCUUCUGAGGAUGAAGAGAAUACCGAUCAUCAGAUGGGAAGCUCAACAUUUACUGUUGACAGCUGCCAGAGAGAUAUUAGUCCAAGCAGUGAAGUAAGCACACCAAGCUCAGGAGAGAGUCCUUUUGGAGGUUUCAGUGCAUCUGUUGAUUUUACCAGUAUGUCCUCAUCAUUAGGGUCAAGAAAACUCAUUGUUCCUCCUACACUCAAAUCCAAAGGCACCCAUUGCAUUUUAUAUAAUUCUAUUGAUGAUUGUGACCAUCUUGAAGAAGACUUAACAGAAUUUAUUUCAUCCCUAUUUUAUGUUGUGGAGUCCAAACGGUUAGACCGUUCCUUUGAGAAACAGGACAAACUCACUCUGCUAAUGGCUCCUUUUGAAAGAAAGGAUUAUGUAGGGCUAGAUACGGAUGGAAGGAAUUAUAAAAGGCGAUGUUUAGGACGUAUGAAAAAGCAAAUUGGUGAUCUUGCCCUCCAGGCAGGCUUGCCUCUGGAGGCAUUGACUAUGUAUAUUUCUGCAGUGGAACAACUAAAGUCUGUCAAUGAUUGGCUGUGGCUUGCAGCUACAUAUGAAGGCCAGUGUUCUGCUUCAGCAGUUCUCCUUUAUCCAAACCUAACUUGUGCACUGCCUCCCCUUCAGCGGAAUUCCUCAUUCCCAGUGGGUAUUCCUAAUACUGGAGUGAAAAGUAGAUCAGCAUCCAACACUCGGAGCUUGCCGAAUGGUCUGGAUCCGACAGAGUACAAGACUUUAGGAAAAAGCAUUUUAACACCUGAGGAAAUUAUUGAAAAAUUUAAAGAAGCAAUCUUCCAGUAUAGCAAGUUCAGAGGAGCAGCAUUUAUUGAGGCUGAAUGCAGUAUCAAAGCUGUCCGGGUGCUGAUUUUACAAGAGGUGAGUAUAGAACUGUACAAACAAAAACAGUGUGUAGUUUUCUAAAACACUCUGAAUAAUACAAGAAAACAAAAGGUUCUGAGGUUUAGUGCUUUAUCUCAACUUUAUAACGAGAUCGGAUUUCACAGAAAGGCUGCUUUUUUCAAACGAGUCGCUGCCAUGCGCUGUGUUGCAACUCAGAAUCCUAAUUCCAAUUGGCAACAGUGUUAUCAGUUACUUCUACAAACGCUGGAAGGAUACAAGAUUUCCAUGGACCCAAAAGAGUUCCUGCAAGAUGCCCUUCAAGGUUGGCCGGUUAUCCAGGUUCAUAUAUUGCAAGAAUUGGUGGGAACAGCAAGAAGUAUGGGAAAUCAAGCUCUUGCUGUCAGACAUAUGACAUUCCUGCUGCACACCAUGUUAGAUCACUUGCCACUAUCCGACAGACGAGAGUUUUGUGCUCAGUUGGAAUCACUGACAUCGAAGUGUGAAGGGGCCCCAGUCCCUCUAGCUCUAGAUAAUGGUUACAUUAUACCUCCGGUAAACCUACUUAACCUUCCUAAAGUCAAGUCUUUCAAGCUACAGAACAUGGCUCCUCAUUUAAGACCAGUUAAAAAGAAAAGUAUACGGUUUAAAUCAGUAUCUAAACCUUCCAGUCCUUUUAUUUUCUCUCCAAUUUUAUCCAAUACUGAUAGAGCACAAAAGAAUGAUUCCAAAGUUGAUUUUAAAUGGAUUGAAGGAAACGUUUGCGAAGUGGCCUUACAAGUUUUUAAUCCUCUUCCAUUCGAGCUGAAAGUCACACAUAUGGGACUUCUAGCUGAUGGUAUAGCUUUUGAAAGUUUUCCAGCAUGCCUUUCGCUUCCUGCUGAAUCUGGUCCUUAUCCAGUUAAUUUACUAGGUACACCUCGUGGGACAGGAGAAUUACAAAUACUAGGUUACACCACUCAUGUCCUUGGAGUAAAGAGUAAUUGUCGACUUAGAGAUCUGCCUGCAAUCAAGAAGCCUUUUUACAGCAUUGAAGUUUUGCCUGCCUUACCACAACUUGAGCUAGUCACUUCUCUUCCUAAAGCCAGUACUUUUUCUUCUCUUACUGAUACAAGUCAUGUAGUUGUCACUGCUGCUGUUACGAUGUUUGCAGGAGAAAGCCAAGAGUCUACGAUCACACUGACCAACUCAGGCUGUGAACCAGUGGAGAAAGUAGAUAUUGGUUUGCACAGUAAACUAGAUAAAGCCACUCAAGAAACAUUCUUCACUUGGAGCAAAGAAAACCUAGAUACUCAGCUUCCAAUCCUCCCUGGAAACUCGGCCAGCUUCACGCUCUACAUCCGUGCCCUGGGAGACUUUGUUUUAUCACCUAAAGAACCACUUUCAGACAAAUCUGAAACUGGAUCACCUGCUCAUGGAUCCAGUAAAGGUCUGAGCUCCAGAACUUCUUCAAACUCCUCCCUGUUAGACACGCCGCAACGUAGAAAAAUUUCAAGUAUUGCAAGCCCAGAACCUUAUCCACCUAAAACAGUCGAAGUAGUAUUACAACUUCAGUACUCUGGUGGUCCGGGAGGUAAGACAGAUUACUGUCGACAGUGUGCUAUAGCUAUCACUGUGGAAGUCAUACCUUCAGUUGUGAUUACAAAAUGGGAUGUUCUUCCUGCAGAAGUUUCUUCACACUGCUACCUGGUGUUUGAUGUGCUCAAUGCCACUUGCCACGAAAUGGAGCUGCAGUACACAUCUAGUAAACAAAUGCUUAUUGAGGCAAAUGACACGUGCAGAAUACCCAUUCCCGUUGAGCGUUGCCCCAUUAGCGCUGCAUCCUUUCAGGUGGAUGAGGAAAAGGCUGGUGGAGAUGGAAGAGCAGCUGAGUUAGAGAUUGUAUGCAAGCAACACCUUGCCAACCUCGUGGAUCUACAGUGGCACCUUCCAGCAUUGGAAGUAAGUGGACGUGCAUCAAUAGCUGAUGUCAUGUGGACACCGGUCAUGUUGGACAAUAUACUUGUGUCACCUUUACAUUGGGACAUAUCACUGAAUGACAGACCAUUUAAAGUUGAAGAAGAACUGAGUUUCUUAGUUGGAGAACUUGUGCUAUUAAGUAUUACUGUUCAUAACCUGUCAGAUGUUUGCUUGCAGGCUCUCUACCUCUCGGUAUGCUGUUAUCAAGACCACCAGAAUGGACAGUGUAGCUACAGGAUGGAAAACUUGCGAGCUGUAGUGGGUACUGACAAGAUACUUAUAGAUAAGAUUGAGCCUCAAGAAACAUACCGUCAUCAGUGUGGAUUUGUUUUCUUCUUUACUGGAGUGUUUAAGUUGGAUAUUCGCUGUACCAGCACCAAGUAUCAUGGUGUGGGGGCAAUGGUAGGUUCAGCUGUUGAAGAACAGCCAAGAGGUCUUUCAACCAGACCUGCCCGAGGGGGUAGGCUUCUGGAUGGAAAAACUGCUAGCAUGUUUUCUAAGGAUCCAGAAGAUAACAGACAUAUAUGGAAAUGUACACCCUCAAUUGAAAUUACUAUCACCGAAAGUUGAGAAAUCAUAAUUUUUCUGUUGAGAAUUUCUGAAAGCUUUGAGAGUGCUAACAACUGUGCCAGUAUUGAAGUUUAUGAGAUCCUUGCAGAUACCUCUCAGUGGAAUAUAUAUAUAGAAAAAGUAUGUGGUUUCUGCUAUUAAAAAAAAAUUUACUUAUGUGCCACACGAUUUUGUUUAUUGAAUUGAAGAAACUGGUUGCCGAAACUGGAGGAUGGUUGUAUUUG